CACACUCUCAGGUGCCAAUAGCACUGUAUGAUCAACUUGAUGUCAGCCAAGCCUAGACAAACACUGUCACAGGGUGAGCAUAUUGGUCGUCACCUGCAGUUUGCAGUCAAAUAUACGCGCGAUGAACCCUCAAAGAAGGAGCACAUGCGCUUCCCACAGACGUCGAGAUCUAUGGGCUUUGCGACAUUUGCUGCGUGGUCAAUGCGGUCGUGGAUGAUAGCCGCGGGAUGAUGGUGUUUCAGAGUGUUUGCAGUCAGUAUAGUUUCCACAUGUUUCCACUUAUCACUGGCGAAGCAACCAAUUUCGUUGAGGUUAGUGAACCAUUCUGAAUGCAACAAAGCCAGCUACUGCAAGUGAGGAUGGAGGAGACAACAAACUUACUGACCCAUUUAAAGGGGGUUUAAUUGAACAAGUUUUCCUGGUGCUUGAACAGGCCCUGGACCAAAUCUUUGGGUUCACACUGCGGGCGUCUCCGGAGACUUGUAACGGGUAUGUCGUUCUCCGGAAACGAUCCCCUCAGCCAUUUUUGGUUCGACCGUGGCCCACCGUUGGCCAUGGGCAAGUCUUCCGGCGGUUCCGGAUGUCGAGGGGGUGGGCGUGGCCCUGCGGUCAAGACAGUCAAGACCUGUUCAAAGCCUACCAGUUCAAACACUUCGAAGAGCACUGGCUUGAAGGCAAAGACCUCAAGUCCCAAGCCUACUAGCUCACAGGUCAACCGUGCCAAUCAACUGAAUCCAUGCCACGCAGCCUUUCAUCAGUCUCGGGGACUGCCACCCACUGCAGCACAGAAGGCAGCGCAAACAAGCUCGAAGUCAGCUUCCUCCAAGCCCUCCCAGGACACGAACCGAGCCAACCAGCGCAAUCCAUUUCACCCAGCCUUUUGGAAGUCCCGGAACAUUGAGCCCGGCAAAGUGGAGAUGGUCUACCAUGGCACCUCCAAGGAUGCGGCUCAGGCCAUCCUCAAGAAGGGCUUCAACCCCUCCAAAGAUGGACUGCUGGGAAAGGGCGUUUAUGUCACAACAGAUCGAAGUAAAGCGCAGGCUUUUGCUGGGGACGAUGGCCGCAUCUUGCGCGCUGCCGCGAAUCUAGGACAUGUUCAGACCGUCGAUGCCCGCGCAGCUCGGAAAUAUGGUUUCAGCGAGACCGCAUGGCACAAGACCCACGACUCGGCCUACGUGCCGCAAGGCGAGGGAGUGGCAAGACCUGAGCAUUGCGUGAAAGAUCCUGCCCGGGUGAUCCCUUUGGGUGUGCAGCAAACGCUUGCUGGUGUGGGUCACAACUUGUGAGUGGCUCAGACCGUUGAGAACAAAAACCAGCACCAAAGAAAUGAAAAAUAUGGAAAAACAUCGGAUUUAUCCCAGAAAACCUCUGGAGAAGCAACCCAGAAGAUCCUUGAGUACUUGGGAAGAUGUGAAAACCUCCCAUCUAUGAUCAGGUGUGACCGUGUUUGACAUUCAGUCCGCUGGCCAAUUGCAACAUCGCGGACGUGCCUCGAUGUUGCAUGAUGUGA